CGAGCUCUCCGCAAGCUAAGUCCCCAGCGGGCAGCAGCGCCGGCGCAGCUGCCGGCGCAUCAUCAGCGCCGGGAGAGCGCACGCCCACCGCGCAUAACAAACAACUGCAAAAUGUCAAGGGACAGGAGCACCCGCCGCAUCCCUCCAUGGCGUUCCUGCAGAACCGGUCCAUCAGCUUGGUGGACAUGUACAUCGACAACUCUGAGCCGUCGGAGAAUGUUGGACAAAUACACUUCUCCUUGGAGUACGACUUCCAGAACACCACUCUGAUAUUGAGGAUCAUCCAGGGCAAGGAUCUACCAGCAAAGGAUCUAAGCGGCACAUCAGACCCGUACGUGAGGGUAACUCUGCUGCCAGACAAGAAACAUCGCCUGGAGACCAAGAUAAAGCGGCGUACUCUAAAUCCGCGCUGGAACGAAACAUUCUAUUUCGAAGGGUUCCCUAUACAGAAGUUGCAGAGUCGGGUGUUACACUUGCAUGUCUUUGACUACGAUCGCUUCUCGAGAGACGACUCCAUUGGAGAGGUCUUCUUGCCACUUUGUCAGGUGGAUUUAAGCGAGAAGCCAUCCUUCUGGAAGGCGCUGAAGCCUCCCGCUAAGGACAAAUGCGGCGAACUGCUGACGUCACUCUGCUACCAUCCCAGCAACAGUGUCCUGACCCUGACGCUUCUCAAAGCGCGCAAUCUAAAGGCUAAGGAUAUUAAUGGGAAAUCUGAUCCCUACGUAAAAGUGUGGCUGCAGUUUGGUGAUAAGCGCAUAGAGAAGCGCAAGACAGCUAUCUUCAAAUGCACAUUGAACCCUGUCUUCAACGAUUCCUUCUCGUUCAAUGUGCCCUGGGAGAAGAUACGCGAGUGUUCCUUGGACGUCCAAGUUAUGGACUUCGAUAAUAUUGGGAGAAAUGAACUUAUUGGAAGGAUACUUCUUGCCGGUAAAAAUGGCUCCGGUGCGACGGAAACAAAACACUGGCAGGACAUGAUCACGAAGCCGCGGCAGACGAUCGUCCAGUGGCACCGCCUCAAACCUGAGUAAAUCUCAAGUUUGAGUUAAUUGUUCUUUGGAGACUGGGUGACAGGCAGGACUUGGACAUGUGGACAUCCUCAAAUUCUGGAUAUAAUGUAACAAAAACUUGAGGCAGUUCAUUCUUGUCUUUCGCCAUUAAAGUACGAGAAUUGUCAGGCACACGUUCACUAUCACUAAAAAAGGUUAUGAGCAGCGCGAAUUACAAAUGGCCGUCAGUGAAAUAUAUACACGGAGUAAAAAUUCAAAUCCGUUUUUUCGAAGUUA